CUUCCGGAGGGGGCCGGCCUAGGGCCGGAGCACAUGACUCUUCCGGCUCGCUAAAGAUGGCGGCGCCCACGACUGUGGCGUGAAAGUGGUUUGUGGAAGACGCUGUCCAUUCGUGCUGGGAAUCAAAACAGCGGAACCGUGCACCAUGUCACGACUCAUCGUUAAGAACCUCCCGAAUGGGAUGAAGCAGGAGCGUUUCAGGCAGCUGUUCGCCGCCUUCGGCACGCUGACCGACUGCAGUCUAAAGUUCACCAAAGACGGCAAGUUCCGGAAGUUCGGCUUCAUCGGCUUCCGGUCUGAGGAAGAGGCCCAGAGCGCGCUGAACCAUUUCAACAAGAGUUUUAUCGACACAUCCCGGAUCACAGUGGAGUUCUGCAAGUCAUUUGGGGACCCAACAAAGCCCCGAGCCUGGAGCAGGCAUGCCCAGAAACCAAGCCAGUCCAAGCAACCUUCAAAUAACAAAGACUCCGUCCCCCCAGAAACUGAGAAGGAUGACAAGAAGAAAAAGGUAGCAGGUGAACUGGAGAAGCUGAAGGAAGACACCGAGUUCCGGGAGUUCCUGUCAGUUCACCAGAAGCGGAUACAGACAGCCACUUGGGCGAACGAUGCCUUGGACGCUGAGCCCUCAAAAGGGAAGAGCAAGCCAGCCAAUGACUACCUGAAUUUCGACUCCGAUUCGGGCCAGGAGAGUGAGGAGGAGGGAGCCGGGGAGGACCCGGAAGAGGAGGAUGGCCUUGAAUCAAAGGCAGCUGGGAAGAAGGAGCUGUCAGACAUGGAUUACCUGAAAUCUAAGGUGGUGAGGGCCAAGUCACCGUCUUCCUCUGAGGAGGAGGAGGAGGAAGAGAGUGAAGACGAAGCCGUGAACUGUGACGAAGGGAGUGAGGCCGAGGAGGACGGCGAUUCCUGCGCUGCCCCUGCCCGGCAGGACGGGGAGACGACAGGGCCCAGCCCAGAGCCAAGGACCCUGUCUGGGAGCAAGCAAUCCCAGGAGGCCCGAGCUGAGACAGAGAAACCAGCAAUCCAGAAGGAACCCACCACCCCCCACACUGUGAAGCUGCGGGGAGCCCCGUUCAACGUCACAGAGAAAAAUGUGAUGGAAUUCCUGGCACCCCUGAAACCGGUGGCCAUUCGAAUAGUGAGAAAUGCUCACGGAAACAAAACAGGGUACAUCUUUGUGGAUUUCAGCAGCGAAGAGGAAGUAAAGAAAGCUUUGAAAUGCAACAGAGAAUACAUGGGUGGCCGCUACAUUGAGGUGUUCAGGGAAAAGAAUGUCCCCACCGCAAAGGGGCCCUUGAAGAAUAGCACCAAAUCCUGGCAAGGCCGGACACUUGGGGAGAACGAAGAAGAGGAGGAUCUGGCCGACUCCGGCAGGCUCUUUGUGCGAAACUUGCCCUACACCAGCACCGAGGAGGACCUGGAGAAGAUCUUCUCCAAAUACGGUCCCCUGUCCGAGCUGCAUUACCCCAUCGACAGCCUGACCAAGAAACCCAAGGGCUUCGCCUUCGUCACCUUCAUGUUUCCUGAGCACGCCGUGAAGGCCUACGCGGCAGUGGACGGGCAGGUGUUCCAGGGCAGGAUGCUCCACGUGUUACCGUCCACCAUCAAGAAGGAAGCCAGCGAGGACGCCGACACCCCGGGAUCGUCCUCAUACAAGAAGAAGAAAGAGUCUAAAGACAAAGCCAACAGCUCCAGCUCUCACAACUGGAACACGCUGUUCAUGGGCCCGAAUGCAGUGGCCGACGCCAUCGCACAGAAGUACAGCGCCACCAAGAGCCAAGUGUUUGACCACGAGACCAAGGGCAGCGUGGCUGUGCGCGUAGCCCUGGGGGAGACCCAGCUGGUCCAGGAAGUACGGCGCUUCCUCAUUGAAAACGGGGUCAGCCUGGAUUCCUUCAGCCAGGCUGCUGCGGAGCGAAGCAAGACUGUGAUUCUGGCGAAGAACCUGCCGGCAGGCACCCUGGCAGCCGAGCUGCAGGAGACCUUCGGCCGCUUCGGCAGCCUGGGCCGCGUGCUGCUGCCUGAGGGCGGCGUCACCGCCAUCGUGGAGUUCCUGGAGCCCCUGGAGGCCCGCAAGGCCUUCAGACAUCUGGCCUAUUCCAAGUUUCACCACGUUCCCCUGUAUCUGGAGUGGGCUCCAGUGGGCGUCUUCUCCAGCUCAGCCCCGCAGAAGAAAGAACCCCAAGACGCACUUGUGGAACCUGUGGGAAACGACAGGGCGGAGCCAGAAACUGUACCAGAUAGUGAGACCCCAGAAGGUGAAAAGCCAACAGAGGGAGGAACAGAUGACUCUUCAGCAAAGAUGGAAGAAGAGGAGUUGGAGGAGGAGGAGGAAGAAGAGAGCCUUCCUGGGUGUACUCUGUUUAUUAAAAAUCUCAACUUCACCACGACUGAGGAGACGCUGAAGGGAGUGUUUUCCAAAGUGGGAGUGGUGAAGAGCUGCUCUAUUUCCAGGAAGAAGAACAAAGCAGGAGCCAUGCUGUCCUUGGGGUUUGGGUUCGUGGAAUACAGGAAGCCAGAGCAGGCCCAGAAAGCGCUCAAGCAGCUGCAGGGUCACGUCGUGGACAACCACAAGCUGGAAGUGAGAAUCUCGGAACGAGCCACCAAGCCAGCCCUGACCUCCGCUCGGAAGAAACAAGUUCCCAGAAAGCAGACCACCUCCAAGAUUCUGGUGCGGAACAUCCCCUUCCAGGCUGACAGCCGCGAGAUCCGCGAGCUCUUCAGCACCUUUGGGGAGCUGAAGACUGUCCGCCUGCCAAAGAAGAUGACUGGAACAGGCUCGCACAGAGGGUUCGGCUUCGUGGAUUUCCUUACCAAGCAGGACGCGAAGAGAGCCUUCAACGCCCUGUGUCACAGCACCCACUUGUACGGCCGGAGGCUGGUCCUGGAGUGGGCCGACUCUGAGGUGAGCCUACAGGCCCUGCGGCGGAAGACGGCCGAGCACUUCCACGAGCCCCCGAAGAAAAAGCGGUCUGUGGUGUUGGACGAGAUCCUGGAGCAGCUGGAAGACAGUGAAAACGACGGUGAAGAGCAAACCCUUCAGCUGUGAGCUGGCACCGAGAGGAUCGUUGGAUAACAGCACCCACCAGGGCAGGGGAGAGAUGGCUGCCUUUUGCAGAACUGAGAAGAGGCGGCACCUGCAUGCUCUAUCCUCGCACAACCUCCUGCCUCCUCAGACCCCUGAGGGGGAAGCUAGACCUCCUCUCUCCAGGCACCACACCGACCUACCUGUGCUGCCAAAUGAGCUUGGAACUCCAGCCCACCCGAAACCAGCGCUGAGGGCUUGUUCCCCAUGGGAGCAAAACUAUCUCCAGACCACGAGUGGAAAGGGGACCGGGAGAACAAGACAUCUGGCUCCCUUUUUUCUUUUUCUCACGUUUGAUAUGUAUAUCGGAUUCUUAUUUCUAAAUACAAAAACAAGGUGCCUUUUAAACUCUGUCCCCACACGAGCCCUCUGUGCGGACCUUUUCUCGAUGACAACGCAGAGGGCGAAAACCGCGGUAGCAGCCACGUUCUCGCAGUUGACCUGCUAGAGAUAAGUCUCCGCCAGCCCUCUCCACCCCCGCCCCUUCCCCCUAUUCAGGGAAAGGAGGUUUUGCUUUUCAGCCCCCAUUUCUGGUUACAUAUGUACACGGCUGAUAAAAUAUUCCACUUCACCCCUUCUCCCCAUGGGACCUGCCGUCUUAUGGGAAAAGGGUUUGUAUGACAGCGAUCACGACAGCCUGCGUGUCGCCUGGAAACGGCGGUGGGAGGAGGGGGCUGCUCUCUCCGACUCUUCUUUAUUCAGAUUCCCUCUUCUGGUUCUGAUAACUGCAUCGCUGGAGAGAAAAGGCCUGGGCUGCCUCUGUGGGCUCCGGCCGAGGCCCAGAUGCUCGUCCUCCCGUCCUUGGGAAGGGAGAUGCUUUCACAGUCCCCACGGUUCCCUGCCUGGCAACACCCACCUCCCGUGGACUUCACCUGGAGCCACCCAGACACGCUUAAGUCCGCCCUCCCUGGACACCCUCAAAAGUUGGGGCCACAGCAGAAUCUGGUUGGGGGAGGUCCCGAAGAAGCAAAUGUGGCUGAUGUAUAGAACCCAGCAGUUGGAGAAGGGGCUGGGCGUUGUGGGGGGCAGGGAGGGGUCCUGGCUGCUUGAGGUCGUCCAGGAAAGAAGCAGAUAAAGCAUGGUCUGGACUUCUACCCAGAGGGCAAUAGAAGUGAUUCAGUAAUGUCUCAGCAGACACUGAUUCCUGCUUCUCUCUCCACCCACUUGGCUCUCUCACGUCGCCAGUCACAUGUAACGGAUGUUCUAGAAUAUUCCAGAGGCAAAAGCCGGGGUGGAGGCAGACGUCCCUAAGCUGCUUUCUGAGACUUCCUUUUACAAAAAGCAACAGCGGAUUUUGCCCUGAGUUCACAGGAGCAGGGCCUUUGCACCCAGGUCCCGAGUGACGCCCCUGCCGGCCCCGCCCCCUUCGAAGGGCCUCCGAUCAAGGUAGCCGUUUGCAGAGCUCCGUGAUAGGCCAGGCACCAGGCUGCGGGGCAGAGCUACAGACCCUGUGCUAAAAAGAGCUGUGACCUGUGGGUGGAGUUAGUAAGACAAAAAUGGAUUGGCAAAAGCUUCCCAUGGGAGGUGGGACGUGUCCCGAAAGACUGGAAGAAGGUGUGGGGUUCAGACAGGAAUGCAACAAGCAUGUAAUCAGCACCUACUAAGUGCUAGGCACCAGGGUGGCCAAGAUGAGAGCUACAUUGCCCGGCCUUGGAGGGUUCAAGUUUAUUAGAAAUGACCUUUGCGUGGGGAUGACCUCUCAGAAGGAGGGCAUCGAGGUGGGCAGGGUAGGGCAAACCACGGUGGCUUUCAUGGGCGAGUAACCACACGUGCACUGAGACCCCGCCAGCCGGGCUGGGCGGUUUUUAGGCUGAACUUUUAACAAACAAAAGGUGUGCGUGUGCGUUAUGUGUGAAUUACAGCCUGGUCCCUCCGUGCUGUGGACCAAUUAGCACAAGCUGGCAACACUUGGGCCCACAUGGAAAGAAAAUGCAUGAAAGUAAGAGAACUGUGAAUGAUGAAUUCUGUUCCCUGUCCACUGGUGCUGCCAUCUCCAACCUCGUGGUCAUCACGACUGAGGAAUGAAGCAAAAGGGCUGGCAGGGAACGUGAGUAUGUCUUUAUUUUUAUCAUGCCUCAAAAUCCCACUGCUUUUUCCUUCUGGUUUUGUUUUACUUCGGAGUGUGUGUGUAUGUGUGUGUGUGUGUGUGUACACCCACGCAUUUUGCUCCUAACAAGAGUCCUAUUAGAACCAUUUCAAGUUCUCAGCUUGUUUGAGCCAUUGUCCCUACUUGACACCAUCUGCCAACAGUUCUGAGACUAUCGAUAUUUUUUUCCUCCUCCCUUUCACAUAUUCAUUCCAUAAAUAUUUAUUGAGAGCCUGGCACUGCGCUUUGCAUGGGAACAUGCUGAUGGGACAGAAAGUUCUUACGUUCUUAGGUCUGAUAGGAAAACAGGAACAAAUAAAUGUAUCAUUUCAAGGAGGGAGGAGGGCUAGAGAAAGGGCCAACCCCAGUGGGAUGAUCCGGGAAGGCCACUCCAACGAAGUGACAUUUAAGCCAAAACUUGAAGACUGGAAAGAAGCCACCCAUGCAUGCUGAAAAUGGAGGUGGACGAGCAGCCGCUCUGGCAGAGAGACAAGCAAAUUCAAAGGAAGCAGGCAGACACUGUGCCUAAGGAUGGCCAGGGUUCCUGAAACAGUGGGAGACGUAGAGAAUGGACUCGAGAGAGAUGUCGCCACAUAGUGGCUACUGUAGAGGAGGGCUCACCAGUCAUUCCAGCAGGGAAGACAUAAAGGAUGCGGUGAAGUGUGGGAGGUGGGGUGAAAAGAGGAUGUGGCAAUGCUGUGGGAUGACCGUUGCCCAUCUCCUUUACCUUUGCGGCCUUCCUCUUGCUUUCCCAGCCCCCCACCCCCGGCAGGUAGAGGUGUCUGGGUCACAGUUAGCCAAUCCGACCUAAGCAGAAAUCUGCUAGAAGCUUUCCAGGGAAGUUUUUGUUUUCCUGAUUUAAAAAAAAAAAAAAAAAAAAAGCUAGCGAAACUGCAGGCCUUCUUCCUUUCUUUUUGCCUUUAACUCAGAUGCGAUGCCUGGAGCUGCAGCAGCUGUUUUGCAACCUUGAGGGAAAGGCCAAGAGAAAUCACAAAGAACGAGGGGCCACUUAAUCAACACUAGCUACCUAUCUCCAGACUUUUCAUUAUAUGACAAAGAAUGGCCCCCAUUUGUUUAGGAUACAGUUAGUUGGCUUUUCUGUUAUUUGUCAAAAGCAUUCCUGGGCAGGUAAUUGGAGUGAGAGACGGGGGAUGGGGAGAGGUGAAUAACAAUAUGGGUGAGUCUGAGUUCAAAAGCAGCAGCCUUGAGAUUCUAUAAUGGAGCACCAGGUGUGGCAGGGCCAUCUUUGAUGGUAAGAUGAACCUACUAUUUACUUGAAUAUCUCUAAUUCAAGUUCAGUGUUCAUUGGGAAGGGCUAACGGGGAAGUGAAUCAAGUCAGACACCGAUCUUUAUUUUACAUGCGAUCCUUAUCUCCCUCCAAGGCAAGUUUGGUGUACAGACAUCAGCAAUUGAGAAAGACACUUUCUGGAGUUUAUUCAUGUGUCCACUGAACCCAGAUGGGGAAAGGGCCAAAGGUGAUGAAGAGUAAACAAGAGUGAGAAAGGAGAAAAAUUUUCUGCACAAGCCCUGAAGAGGCCCUUGUGCUACCCUCAGUUUCCAGGGUUUGAGGCACAUUGUGACAAUAAAUGUUUUGUGGAAUAGGAAAGAAAAAUUGUAAGAAUGGACAAAUUCUUUGCACAAUGUUAGAAGAAGAAAAAAAUUAUUCAGUGUUGUGCGUUCCCUCAAGAGGCUCAUAUAAAUUCUUGUUAAGUGAAGGUAUGCCUUGAAAUAGAAAUGAUACAAUGGCCACCAACUCCAGAUUUCCUAGAGUUGAGGUCUCAAAAACGUACAUGGCUGAAAGCACCUAUUACACAGGACAGAGUUAAGGUGUGAGCCCUGGUUCUAAAAAUUGGACAGAGGGCACUCCCAAUCCUGUCCCCUUAAUCUAGUCCCAGCUGAUGUCAAGGUCCUCAGCGAAUGACAAGAAACCAUUCUGGGGCCAAGAGAACACAUCAUGCUCCCGGGGAGGGCACCCGUGCUGGAUACACAGCUUUCUGCGUAAGGUUUGUGGCAUGUUGACAGUCAGUCAAACAUUUGUUGUAGACCUACUAUGUGCCUGCUGCCCUGGGUGCCGGAAUCAUCUAAGACCAAAGGAUUAUUAACAUAAAAGAUGGAUCUCAAAGUAGUGGCUUUACAACUGGGGUACGUGUGUGUGUGUGUGUGUGUGUGUGUUACAAGCAGGAGAAUCUGUUUUCCCAAACAACUCUCAAUAUGUAAAACAAAAGAGAGACUACCUGAUUAAAAUGCUGGGUGGGGGGACCAUGUAUUCCAGCCCUUUCCUUUCUCCACCUGAGAUAACCCACUAGAAUCACUGGGCUCCACAAUACAGAAUUUGAAAACUCUUCAAAAAAAAAAAAAA